AUUAACAGAGAGACUUGCCUAUAGCCCUAGCAGCUCCUUCAACUCAACCAUGGCUUUUCCCAAGCUUUUCUUCAUUUCGUCUUUGCUAGUGGUAAUUUUGUCAGCCUCAAGCACCCAAAUGAUUCAUGCAGCUCGCCACCUUUUGGACACACCAGCAGCAGCUCCACCCCCAACACUGGCAAUCCCUACAAUCCCCUCUCUGCCAAAUCCCACUCAGCUGCCUCCAUUGCCUUCACUACCAACACUUCCCAAGCCCUCAAACACCUUACCUACACUUCCAACUGCCCCAACUCUGCCCAAGACCACAUUGCCUCCACUUCCCUCAAUCCCAUUGCCUACGCUUCCAACUGCUCCAACUCUGCCAAAGCCGGCCACGUUGCCACCGUUGCCCUCUACCCAAUUGCCUACUCUCCCAACUAAUCUUCCCCCAUUGCCAACCUCCCUACCCCAAAUCCCAUCUUUGCCAAAACCCACAUUGCCUCCGGUGCCCGCAACCCUCCCGCCAUUGCCAUCAUUCCCCUCAACAAUCCCUUCAAUCCCCACCAUUCCAACAACAAUUCCAUCGAUUCCAUUCUUCUCCCCACCCCCAUCAAAUUAAACCACUUGACAUAUAUAUGCCAUGGUUCUCCACGCUUACCAGUAUAUAUACUAUCUAAUUUCUUGUUUGUGCUGGUGGGUUUCAGAAGUCCUGGAACAUAUGACGGUUUCUUGUGUUUGAUGGUGGCUUAUUAGUCUUUGUAUACAGUAUACUUGUGAUAAAGAGCUUGUGAGGAAGUUUUUUUUAUAUAAAUGAAUUCUUUCUUUGUUGGCUUAUUGUAGCGUUUGUUUGUAUUAAUUAUUGUUAUGAAUUAUGGUAUUAUCAAAAGGCUUAUUCUUGUUAUUAUAUAUGAUCUUUGUCAUGGAAAUGCUAUUCAUCAUGUUGUCGACUGUGUGCAAUAU